UUUAACGAAUGCGUUCCAUGGCCACGGCGAUUUUUUAUCUAUUCGUUCUUACAAGAAUACUAUUUAAGGGUAAAAUACCGAAUGGCCACCUCACCUGGCCUCUUAUCAUGGCGCGGCCGACCACCUUCCCGAAAAUCUCGAAAAUUAUGGCCUUAAUUUGUGACUUGGGAGAAAGAACUGACUUCGAGGGGAAAGUAGAGGCAUCGAGGUGUUGCUUCGACGGACGCUGGUCCUAUUGACUACCUAAUGUCUAUCCUGGGUUACAGGUCGUAUUAGGCAGUAGGGUAAAAAAUCGUAGGGUACAGGUGGACCAUGUACGAUCAGCGUGGACAGUCCCAAAAAAAGUACAUUAUAACGCGUCCUGACAUUGGAGAUGGGCAUCAGUCGCGACUUGUUGUUGGUGAGAAACUGAGCUAAAGACCUCUACUCUCCUUUCGAAGUAAGUAUUUUCUCCAAAGUAAGAAAUUAAGGCCAAAUUUUAAGAUUGAAACAGAGGGUAGUGAAAACGGUGUCAAACGUACCUAGGUAUAAAGUACUUUUAUCGGGGAAGGUGGUCUCGCUACGGUUGGGGCCAGGUGGCCAUUACGGUAAGGGUCAGGCGGCCAUUCGAUGUUUUAUACUAUGUCACCCUUUACAGUCCUGAUUGAGAUGGUGUAUUGUGCAGUAUAUGGUUGCAAGUCAUCCAACAAGAGUAGAGAGAAAAUUGUUUUUCACAGAUUUCCUAAUAAUACAGCUGAAGCUGCCAAGUGGUUGAAGUUUUGCAGACGGGCAGACAGCGUCAACCUUAAGAAUGCUGCAAUUUGUGGACUCCACUUUAAACCAAGUGACUAUCGGCAUAAUCUUAGUCACGAGUUGAAUCCUGGUCAAGCAGAAAGCCGUCCUAAAUUGAAGCGUGGUGCUGUUCCUUCAGUUGCACUACCAGAUUGCAACCUUGAAGAAAAUGACUCUCGCAUACGGAAGAAAUAUUUGCAUGGGGAUUCUUUUGCCAUUCAGCUUCAAGAAGAAAAAAGAUGCAAGAAAUGUGGCUCUACGUUUGAAGAUACUUCAUCAGACUCUCCAAUGGUAAUGCAAAAUGUCACACUAGAAAAUAGAGGAUGUAAUAAAAUGCUUCCACCCUUGAAUUUAGAUAAUUUUGAUAGUCAUCUGGAGAAAAAUAUCUUUGAUAUUUUUUCUGAGGAGCCCAAGACAAUAGCAGACCUCGCUGACACUGUAUGCUUGGUUUGUGAUGCAGUUAUAAAGGAUUCUCGAACUGUUGGAGUACUGGAUUUGUAUUCCGAGGCUAGCGUUACCAGCCACACUCAGCAGAGAGUGGUUGUUAUGUUAGCAGUGUUGAUUAAUAUACCACUGCAUUCUGAUAAGGCUUACUCAAAGUCAUUGUGCCAACAAUGCUAUAGACAUCUGGAUGAACUGGAUGAAAUACAACAUCGUGCAGCUGUUAUAAAGUCUAAUAUAGAGAAUAUUUAUAAUCAGAGUGUUCACAAAAGACAUUUAUUUUCAAGCAAUGAUGGAGAUUUGGAGACUGCCAUGAGGGACACAGUUUUGAAUAAUGGUGAAGGAACAGCGAUGGAAGUACAACAAAUAUUUUCAAGCUCUGUAUCUAACAACAAAGUGGAAGCAGAAUUACCAAAGGUCAUAAAAAUAACACAUUCAACCAGAACUGCUAAUCCAGCUCCCACUGAAAAGAAUGUAUCAGUAGGUGUUCCUAAACCAAUAACAAUCAAGGUCUAUAAAACAUCUCCUCAAAUGAAUCCCACAGGUAGGGGACUUGCAUUUAUUAAAAAUAAACCUGUUAACCAAAUUAAGAGAAAGUAUAGAAAAAGGUCAGAAAUCGUUCAUCUUUGCAAAUUUUGUAUGAAAGUGUUUUUGACUGGCGAAGAAUUGAAGAAACAUCAGAAAACCCACACCACUAUUGAAUGUAAAUUUUGUGGAAAAAUUCUAGUGAGAAUUGGUGCUUGGGAGAAUCAUCUGAAAAUGUUUCACAAUGUUGAAAUGCAGAGUAACAGAGAUUAUGUCGGCGAGAGAUUUUCAUGUGACCAAUGUGAUAAACAGUUUACAUCAAAAUCAUCCAUUAGGUAUCAUAUGAAACUACAUGAAGGUAAGACUUAUGCGUGUGAAAAAUGUGCCAGGGUAUUUAGUCAUCCAGGAACUCUGAGGAAUCAUCAACUAAUACAUGAGGAGAAAAAAUUUAUCUGUGAUAAAUGUGGCAAGGGAUUCCGCACAAACUUCCACUUGAUCAUGCAUGACAACCAGACUCACCGUAAGGCAAGGUCUUGGAAAUGUAAAUAUUGUGAGAAAGCAUUUGCCAGGUGUGCAACUUACAGGGAACAUGUACGCAGUCACUGUACGAGGAAGGCUUCGUUGACUUUUCUAAAAUCAAACAUUUUGGAUAAGCCAGACUUGGGAAGGGAAGAUACUCAGCCUAAUAAGAAUGAGAAUGGUAAUUUGCUUUUUAAUGAAGGAUGUAAAAUGCUGAGCAUUGAGGAAGUGUGUGCAGAUGAAGAAGCAAGAAUUAUUGUUGGCGAAAGGGAAGUUGCCUGUGAAGAACAAAACUUCUCCAGUGCUCAAGCUGAAUUGUAUGCUGAAGAAUUUGUAUUGAGCAGUGAUGGAAAUUUGAUUAUAGAUAAUUUGAUGGGUGUUAAAUAGCAUUACAAUUUUUGGGGUACCUAUGCAGAUGAAAAAUUUUAUCUCAUUUUUCUUAAAAGAUGUAAAAAGCUUCUCAAGCUUUUCAUAUUGUUUUCAGUUUAAAAGGGUAUUUUUCAUAAAAGAUGUAAAAAGCUUCUCAAGCUUUUCAAAUUGUUUUCAGUUCAAAAGGAUUGUAAAUUAAAUAAUUGUAUUACUUACAGAAAUUUUUUUUUAAUAGACCUUCAGAUCCUGGAGAUGCUCAGUUCUAAAAAUAUUGUACAAAGUAAUUUGUUACAAGCUCCUUCUUCAGAAAUUAGCAUUUGACCGCAGGAGGCAUCCAGCUGUGAAUGAUAUAGUACUAAAAAAAUUCCAAAAAGUAUGGUUCCAUGCAAUCACUUUAUGAUUACCAAUAUUAUAUUGUAUCCACGGCUACGUCCCUCAUGGCGUGCUACUUACACCUUCGUCGUCUUGCAUGGUGUAGUGCAGUAGUUGUAUUUUAGGUUG